CAUGUCGGCGAUGAUGAUGAAAUACUCUCUGGUGAACGGAUAUCAGGAGAUCCACCCGGUUAUUGGUUUCAGUUUUUUGGUUUAAAUAUCGAAAUUUAUUCGGGAAGUGAAAUAAAAAUUGAUGAACACGUUUUAAGGAUUGAAAAAUGAGUGAUACACCUUGGCUUGUUCCUGGGAAUCCCCAACUGUUUGGAUUUCAUCAAUGGACAGAGGCGCGUAGACGGGGAAAAAAAUAUGACCAGGGUCAACCGAGGAAAUCGGUAAGAUGUCUCGUGAAGGAAGAGGAUUAUCAGGCACCUCUUGCCAUGACAGACAUCGAUCCCGGGUAUUUUAUCGAUCUAACUGGGAGACCGAUUAGGGAAAAAUUCUCAGGAAGACGAUAUGUCGAGCAGGCGAGACAGGUUCUUCGGGCUAGACUGCUCGCGGGAUUUUAUCGGGACGACUGCAUGAGGAUUGACCGACAAUUCGCCGAGGAACGACGACGAUUCGCCAACAUCGAGAAAAAAAAUCGUCAGUACGUGGCGGCAUUUGAGGAUUACCUCUCGAAGGAUCAUGAGUCGAGUAUGAAUAUUCUGGCGGAGGCAGAUAGAGAGGGAAAAAAAACGAAUGCUCUCGUGGGUACACGCGAUCAAUUAUCCAAGGAUUAUGGGCAGAUUCGUCUGGAGGUCUAUCAGCUGGAGGAAAUGUGGAGAUUGGCGAAGGCGUGUUACGAUUUUGUCAAUAAAAUAUCCACGAAAUCUCGGGGCUCGGUAUUAUCCGUGGCCAUUGCCGAGGGGAAGAAUAAAAAAUCCCCAAAGAUAGAGGACACACGAGAUGAAUUGAUGGGAUUGAUAGAGGGAUUCGAACGAGACACCGAACACUUGGGAAGUCCAGAGAUUUUAUUAACCGAUCCCAGAGAUUUGAGUAAAGAAUUCAGUUCAAUGGAGCUUCGAAAUUUGGAUGCCAUGAUUCAUCUGGAGUCUCUGGCUGGACCUCUCCAGGAGAUGGCCUCCAGCAUGAGAAGAGCGCAGGAAAAUGUCCAGAAGGAAAUAGGAUAUAUCGAGGAAAAUCUAAAGAACCUCCAGUCACGUAUUGAACAGAGCGAAGAGCGAGCUCAUCGACUGGAAAAAUACACAGACUAUCUUCUCCAUCGGGUCUUUCGGGACUUGGUUUGUUCUGAUUCUGUUCUCCAGCUGCGUGUUUUCAUCGAGGAUACUUACGAGAGCUGCAUCAAUCGAAAUGACACGAGCCUAGACAGCUACACGAUGAUGAUAAUCAUUGAGAAGACGUACGAGCAUCUCAACAUGACUCUGGAUAAUCUGCCUCCUGACGUCGUUCGAUUGUGCGAGAAGGAGGGAUUCACCCAGGAGAUGAGGAUCCUAAGAGAAGCCCAAGAGGCUGCCAAAAAGUUCGCCCUGAUGCAUCGUCUUCUCGACGCCCUCCGUCGAAUAAUGGAGCCAACAGUGAAAAAACCUCGACCAAAACCCCUGCCCAGAUCCCAUAUCACCAGGAGGACUAGAUCGUCAUCGUCGAGAGUUGUGGGACGAAAGUCUCGGGCACUGGCAUUUUUCACGAACAAAUGUGAAUCCGACAUUCACCUUCUGGAGGAAUUGAAUACCACGGAAAUGAGUCCUGAGAAUAAACCAGGAGGUGCCGAAAUAAUUGAAGAAAAUUACGCUGACUGUCGGGAAAAAAUGUCGUGAGCCUCGCCUACGCUUUCUUCAUACCGACAACUUUCUGCAAAUAGGAAAUAUCUCUUUCUCUCUAGUUAACGAGAAAAGCCCAAGUCAUUUUGUUUGUCCGGUGUGUACGAUGAUUUUUCGUGUGAGUUUUUUCAACCGUGAUCAUUAAAAUUGAGGGGAGGGAAAAUGAUGGGAUGGAUGCGUGGGCAGCCACGUGAGGAAAAAAGGAAAUGGAUCGAUUCACGUGGGUGGUUUUUUCUCUCCUGACGCUUUGAUGGGGAAAAAUAAAUUUAUAGCUCACCGUAAAAGGUAAUGCAAUCGAUUGAUUUAUUUUUAUUUCCGUAAUGAAACAUUUCUGAUGCAUUUCACGUCAUAUUCACUUUCAUUGAAAAAUCCAGUUCAUCUACCCACGAUUUAAUCUGUAAAUAAUGAAAUGGAUAAAAUAAUGCCAAAACAAUUUUUCUCAUUAGAUUUAUUCCUCAAAAUUUUUAAUCAAUUCAAAAAUCAACCGUAAUGCUACCAAUCCUCGUCGUCUCUCAAUUGUUCAAUGAUACAUUUAAAUAAUCUACUGCAUAAAUAUGAUCCACUGACGAAACAUAAACAUCCAAUGGAAUUUAGUCACUACUUGCACACAAUGAAUUCUUUGUAUUGAUCACGUCGACCUCUCGACGCGAUAAAUAAAUUCAGUGAUCUCCCUCCAAUGAAAAACUCGAGAUAAAAUAUUCGAGACUAAUAAAACACAACAAGGGCAAGUACAAGUAUACAAUUCUCGUAAUACAUUCUCCGUUUCAAUUAUUUUCGUUAUAAAAAACAACAUUAAUUUCUUAUACGAUUCCCUUAACAUCUAAGACUCAUUUGCUCGAACAAAUCUCUCAUCGAUAAUUGUUUAUUGAAUUCUAAUGUGACUUUCAAUCGUUGGAGGCUCGAUAUCUCAUCUGUUCAAGCAAUUAUUCCAAUUUUCAUUACAAACUCUAAAUGUCACGGAUUUAACAGUGACGCAGUAGAAAUACUUGUAUUUACAAAAUCUUUAUCAUUGCCACAAUCAUUCAAUAGUAUAUUAUACGUUUAAAAAAAAAUAAAAACAAUGUUUGUCAAUGUCGACUAGUAUCAUCACUCUAAUUUAGACUCGUGAAAUAUUUUUUUCAAUGAAAAAUGUGAAGUCCAGUGAAGAUUCGAAGAGUCGUUUGUUUCCGUAAAAUUUUGUUCUGAAAAAAAAUGCCGAGUAUUCUGGAAAUAUCUCCGAAACUGAGGGAGUAGCGAAAUUUUAGUGGAAUACUUUUUUGCAGAGUCAAUUGAGAGCUACAGAAAAGGUCCUAACGAAAUUUUACUACGAGGCCCUCAGUGGACUCCACUGGGCCCCAAUUCCGAGUGAAACCCAGAAAUCCAAUGAAACAUAAAACGACUAAUGAGCAAAAAAUCGAAUCCUACAAGAAUAAUGAUAAACUGGUCGAUUUUUGGGAUCGAGCAAGCGGCAAAACGAUAUGUAUUUUCGAAACAAUCAAUAAUUGACCAUCAAUUGCCAGCAAUGACGUCGAAUUUUUUUCAAAUUCACCAAAACACUUUCAAUAAUUUUCCCAAGUCCCUCGCGAACGCAUGACACGAAUUAAUAAUAAACACUAGAAAGCUCGUUUGACUUCUCCGUCAUCAACAAAAAAAAACAA